GUCAAAACUAAUCUUCAAACAGUGAAUCCUAUUCUAACGGUACAUUUCGCGGAACUCCACAAGAACUCAUCCUAUAGGAAAUAUGACUUCAAACUCCGACCAGCGGCUGGACCACCUUCUGAGCGUGGUGGAGAACGAGUUUCAGAAGGGCAGCGAGAAAGGAGAUGCCUUGGAGAGGGAUAUUAAACUGGGACUAGAAGACGCAGAAUUAUGGACCAAGUUUAAAGAACUAACCAACGAAAUGAUCGUCACCAAGACUGGCAGGCGGAUGUUUCCAGUGCUCAGAGCGAAUGUGAGCGGCUUGGACCCCAACGCCAUGUACUCAGUCCUCUUGGACUUCGUGGCUGCAGACAACAAUCGGUGGAAGUACGUGAACGGCGAGUGGGUUCCCGGUGGCAAGCCCGAGCCACAGAGCCCUAGCUGCGUCUACAUCCACCCAGACUCGCCUAACUUCGGAGCGCACUGGAUGAAAGCACCUGUUUCAUUCAGCAAAGUCAAACUGUCCAAUAAACUCAACGGAGGAGGACAGAUCAUGCUGAACUCUCUGCACAAGUAUGAGCCCAGAAUACACAUUGUGAAGGUUGGAGGGAUACAGAAGAUGAUCAGUAGCCAGUCUUUCCCCGAGACUCAGUUCAUCGCUGUCACUGCUUACCAGAACGAAGAGAUAACUGCAUUGAAGAUCAAACACAAUCCAUUCGCUAAAGCUUUCCUCGAUGCCAAAGAGAGGAGCGACCAUAAAGACAUGCCAGACCAUGGUGGAGACAGUCAACAGUCUGGUUAUUCUCAACUUGGUGGUUGGUUUCUACCUGGUAACGGUCCUAUGUGCCCCAGCAGCAGCCCCCCUCCGUUCAGCGGGGCCCCUGGCUACUCCUCAGGGUCCUACUGUGAGAGGUACUCCAGCCUGAGGGGCCACAGGGCCGCCCCCUACCCCAGCCACUACCCACACCGCUCCACCAGCUCAAACAACUACAUGGACAAUUCGUCGGGAGCCCUGCCCCCCCAUGACAGCUGGUCAGCCCUGCAGAUCCCUAACUCCACUGGGAUGGGAACCCUGGCCCACACCAGCAACUCCGCAUCCAACUCCAGCCAGUAUCCCAGCCUGUGGUCUGUUGCCGGGACGGCCCUAACUCCUUCCGGCUCCGCCUCUGGUUCAAUCGCUGGCGGCCUGACCAGCCAGUUCCUGCGAGGCUCCUCCUACACAGGCCUAACCUCCUCCCUGCCUGUAUCCUCACCAUCCUCCAUGUACGACCCCAGCCUUAGCGAGGUGGGUGUAGGAGUGGGCGAGGCCCAGUUCGAAAGCUCCAUCGCCAGGCUCACUGCCUCCUGGGCACCCGUGGCUCAGAGCUACUGAGCACAAUGCUUCCAUAGCCAUUGACUCUCCUCAACCACCAUCCUGCUCCACAUCACCACCAUCUCCUCUCUACUGCCUGACUAUCAGCUAGGAAACCUUUGGGUUGAAGCAGUACAUGUGGACAGCAACGCCUGUGAAAGGCAGAGAGUCAACUCAGAAGAAGAUCUAUCUGAAGCAGAGCGAUUUAGGGUCCUCUCAGGCCUUGUGUUUUACCAACAUGACAUGGUUGGUCUUCCAUUCCAAAAACCCUAGGCAUUCUAAGCCUAAGUCCAUAGGUUGCCAUUCUGAAGUUACAUUGGGAGUUUCCUUCACUCUCUCCAAGGUGCAGUUAAAAGCCAAAGACAAUCUGAAUAUACUUCCUCUACAAUUGUUCCAGUUGCUGGUGUGUUACUGUUGUCGUGUCCUUCAGUACAGACACAGUACACCAAGACAAUCGUACGCUGGCGGAAGACAAUCAGGAUCACUAGCUACCCAAAGCUAAGUUUAUGAAGUAACCCCCUCAACUUUACUAAAGGGGCCAAUCCUUAUGUUUGACUGUUUAUUGUUAAAAUUAGUUUAGUUAUUAUUAUAAUACAGAUAAAUAAGAUGAAAUAAUCUGUUGAUCUAACAUAAAAAAAUGUAUAUGUGUGUAUAUAAAAUAAAUUAACGUCCAUUUUCAUUGUUAGCCGUUUACAUGUAACUGUUUUGGAUCCAGUGUCAGUGUGUUGCUUUUCGUGGCCUGAAGGAAAAGAAAGAAGGAAAGAAUGAAAGAAAGAAGUGUAUUGUAUCCUCCCACAGUAGCCCAGGAGAAAGCACAGGUGUCUCUCCUCUUUCGCUCUGUGUACAUUCCCUCCCUGCCAAUAAUAUGUACAUAUCUAUUCUAUUUGUAUUUGUUGGACUCAUUGGGAGUUUAUGUUUAUUUAUGUCAUUUUAAUAAUAAAUUAAA